GCACUCCCCCCUCCAACAUGGGUGCAGCUGCCAGUCGCUUCUGUUUACCUGAAGGAUGCACUGCUCUUCGUAAUUCCUUGUCUCUAUGCGACCAGCCAGCAGACGGCCUUUCCAUCCGGCAGAUGUUGGCCAAUCAUGACUGUGGCAGAAUUUAGCGUCAUGCGUGAGUUAAAGUUCCACGCAAUUUUCGUUUGUUGGAAGAACUGGAAGAAGGUCAGAAGGGUGUUGGUGAUGGCACAGUGAGCUGGGGACUGGAAGACGAUGAGGACAUGACCUUAACGCGAUGGACUGGAAUGAUCAUUGGACCUGCGCGAACUAAUUAUGAAAACAGAAUAUACAGCCUGAAAGUUGAGUGUGGACCUAAGUAUCCUGAAGUACCACCGACUGUUAGAUUUGUUACAAAAAUUAGCAUGAACGGAAUUAAUAAUUCCAAUGGCAUGGUGGAUGCGCGUAGCAUACCCAUUCUAGCAAAAUGGCAAAAUUCAUAUAGUAUUAAAGUUGUUCUUCAGGAGCUACGACGUCUAAUGAUGUCCAAAGAGAAUAUGAAGCUUCCUCAACCGCCCGAAGGACAGACAUACAGCAAUUAAUUAUAAAUGAUUGUUUUUGACCAUCUGUCUUAAAACCUUACCCUCCUAGAAAUGUCAAGUCAUCAGAGAUGGAAAAAAUACAAUUUACUUACUCCACACAUGAACAGAUAUCACUGCAAGUCCUGGAUUGGAUAUAAGACAUAGUUAAUCUUCCUGUAAAAACAGAAGAACAGACGGCCUAGAAAGUGACACACUGUAAUUUUUUUUUAAUUGAGUACACAAAUCCUCCAGUAACGUUAUGUUGACCAUAAGCUUUACAUUUUUAAAACAAAUAUUUUUGUAGGCACAAAUGGUAUGGCAGGAAGGCAAGGUUUUGGAAAGAAAUGACCUGGCACCAAAAUAAAACUUAAAGAUAUGUACAUGACAGCAUGAUUAAGUAAACUUACUGUUAGAUUGGAGGAAAUAUGAGUAAUUGUUAUACAUAAAUGUAUCUGUUUUAUUGAAACCCCUCACUGACUUAAUGAAAACAAUACUAAAAUGUGCCUGUUGUUUACUAGUAGUGUCACAAUGAGAAAAGAGUGGCUUUUUUUUCUCUCGAGACAAUGUUUAUUUUAGCGCGUUUUUUUCUGACAUGUAACAGAUGCUCUGUUCUAAAUUAAACCAUGCAUUUAACUCCUAGAAAACGUCGGGUACAUUAAAACCUUUAACAUCA